AUGACUCGCCUUGCUCUAUUUCCCCUGUUGGCCUUGGCUUCCCUGACCUUGGCUGACCAGGAUGCGUUUCAAACAAAAUGCGCAAACUUCGGCGACCAGAUUGAUAUCCCCAAUGUCAAGGUAAACUUUGCCGAGUAUAUCGCUGGAAAUACCAAUGUGUCUUUGGCAGACAACCCGCCUAGCUGUGGGUACUCGACCCAGGCAGUCUCCGCGGAUUUAUGCCGAGUAGCCAUGGCCGUGGCAACCUCCAACAGUAGCGAGAUCACCUUAGAAGCUUGGUUCCCCCGAGAAUACAAGGGUCGUUUCCUGAGCACAGGAAAUGGUGGCGUCUCUGGCUGCAUUCAGUAUUACGACCUCGCCUAUACGGCGCAAUUGGGCUUCGCAGCGGUCGGAGCUAACAAUGGACACAACGGGACUUCAGGAAAGCCCUUUUACCGUCACCCUGAAGUUGUCAAGGAUUAUGCAUACCGAUCUGUUCACACCGGAGUGGUCGUGGGCAAGGAGCUCACUAAGCAAUUCUACGACGAGGGCUUCGACAAGAGCUACUAUCUUGGAUGCUCAACCGGUGGCCGUCAAGGAUGGAAGUCUAUCCAGAAAUACCCCAAUGACUUUGACGGUGUCGUUGCAGGCGCACCUGCCAUCAACCUGAUCGGCCUAUUCUCAUGGAGCGCACACUUCUACCCCAUCACCGGUCCUCCAUCUUCCGAGACAUUCCUGUCGACCGAUGAAUGGAAGAUCGUACACGAUGAGAUUCUCCGUCAAUGCGACUCGAUCGAUGGUGCAAAGGACGGGAUCAUUGAGGAUCCAGAUCUCUGCCGCCCCGUCUUGGAGACCCUGACCUGCGAUCCCAGCGCCUCAAACAAGACGAGAUGUCUCAGCAGCGCACAAGUCAACACUGCCCAACAAGUCCUUUCUCCCUUCUAUGGAAUCAAUGGCACAUUGCUGUACCCGCGCAUGCAACCUGGCUCCGAGAUCCUCGCCGCGCCAAUCAUGUACAGCGGUACCCCAUUCCAGUACAGCCAGGACUGGUUCCGCUACGUGGUCUACAACGAUCCAUCCUGGAGCGGUGCAAACUUCACUGUCAAAGAUGCUGCCGUCGCCUUCGCUCAGAACCCUUACAACAUCCAGACUUGGGAUGGUGAUAUCUCCCCCUUCAAGAAGGCUGGCGGUAAGGUUUUGCAUUACCAUGGACUUCAGGAUCAGCUCAUCAGCUCCGAGGAUUCCAAGUGGUACUAUUCCCACGUUUCCAAGACUAUGAAGCUGCCUCCUUCCAAAUUGGACGAGUUCUAUCGCUUCUUCCAGAUUAGCGGUAUGGGCCACUGUGGUGGUGGUGACGGCGCCUAUGGAAUUGGACAAGGCUUGAAAACGUACGGCGGUGAUGACCCAGAGGAUAACGUGCUUAUGGCGAUGGUCCAGUGGGUUGAGGAGGGCAAGGCUCCCGAGACGGUUCGCGGGGCCAAAUUCUCCAAUGGCCCUGGCUCCAAGGUUGAAUACAAGCGCAAGCACUGCCGCUGGCCUCGACGCAAUGUUUUCAAGGGUCCUGGCAACUAUACCGAUGAGAACGCCUGGCAGUGCAUUUAA